CAUCAACACUCUUUUGCAUUCAGAGAAAGAGAGAGAGAGAGAGAGAGAGAGAUGGAGAAGCACACUUGCAGGCUCUGUGCGCGUAGCUUCGCCAACGGCCGCGCGCUGGGUGGGCACAUGCGCUCGCACGCGCAACCCACCCGGACGGCAUCGGCAUCGUCGUCUUCAUCGCCGGAUGGCAUGCAGGACCGAGAGAGCGAAACAGGAUCGCCUCUGGGUAGCUCUAUCUCCGACGCUUCGCCGGAGGAGAACGUCGCCAUAUCUCUCAUGAUGCUUUCGCGUGACUUCUGGUCCUCCCUUCAAUCCAAAGCCAACGCUGAGGACGAGCUCGAACGCGAGCCAGAGCCGGGCCCUACCCGGCCGGCCAAGCGCAGUCGCUACCAGUGCGGCACUUGCAAGCGAGUGUUCCGGUCCUACCAAGCGCUGGGCGGGCACCGCGCUAGCCAUAAGAAGGGAGGCAAAGGAUCGACCACAAACCAUCAUCAGAUCUAUGGAGUUGAGUCAUCGGAGAACAAUGCCGGAAAGUCUCUCAGAUCCAGUUCAUCUUCCAAAAUCCCAUCUUUAGUUACUCUGAUCGACCUCAACCUCCCUGCUCCCAUGGAUGAUGAAGUUGAACACUCCACUGUCUCUGAUGCACAUCCAUGGUGACAGCCAUGAAUGGAAUGGAGUUUUUUCUUCUCUUUUUUUUCUUUUGUUUUUCACUGUUUGAAGUUGGGAGGAGAAAUUAAGCAACUUUUUUUGUGUGUUUAGUUCAA